UUGAACUGGCAAAACAAGUUUUUUUUAGCAUUUUAUAAACAAAAAUGCUUCAGCUGUAGGGUAUGGAUGAGUACGAAGCCCAGUUGCUCGUGGUAGAGCAGGCGCUGCUUGUGACUUCCGACGAGCAGCAACGUGAAGAAUUAAUAGCUUUGCGCACAAAUUUAGAGGAGCUCCUAGCUCUGACCAGAAGCAGUGAAACUGAAGUUACCAACAACACAAAUACACCUGAAACAACUGAUAAUAUAGACAAUGAACUACAACGUUUUCAAAAUGAGCUAAUUGACUUGGAGCACGAGCAAGCAGAUCCAGGUGAGGAUCAGCAACGACUGGAAGAACUACGCACGAAAUAUAAUGGUCUACUGGGUGAAAAGUGCUCGGCGCCCCAUGAACACAGCUGGGGUGCCUUAAGUUAUCACAAUGCACUCAUAUGUGGAGUAGAUGAUGAAUUAAUUGUGGAUAAAAAUGGCAUUUUAGACGUACGACUGCGCGUACUCUUCACAAACCCGACUCACCGCGAGAUGUUGCCAUGCAACUACUACUUAGAAGGCGAAUGUAGAUUUGACGAAGCGCGAUGUCGCUAUUCGCACGGUGCUCUAGUGCCAGGAGCAUCCAUCAAAGAUUACAAUGCUCCAGAUUUCCAUAGACUUGCACGCAAUUGUCCAGUUCUGGCUAAGUUACAGGACCGACUGUGGCAUCGUGGUCGGGUGCUAUGCGUAAAUUUUGUGGAGCAGCAAUGUCGCGUGCGUCUGGAUGGCCAGGAGCACAAGGAGCGUGAGCGUGACUUUCCAUUUGAGGAACUGUUUCCUCUGAUCACUGACGAAGAUGAUGAGCUCACGAGCGACAGUGGAGAUUCAAAUGAAACGGAUGGAAGCGAUGCAGGGAAUGAAUCCGACAUGGACGACUUCGAGGCAGCGCGCCAAGCACGCAUGGUAGAGCUUAGCCUAUUUACAUUCAAGCCCACAGAGAGAUUGGGCGCUUGGGAGCAGUAUACGCGUGGCAUAGGCUCCAAACUGAUGGCCAACAUGGGGUACAUACACGGCACAGGCCUUGGCUCGGAUGGCCGGGGUAUUGUUACGCCAGUAAGCGCACAGAUACUGCCACAGGGUCGCUCGCUCGACGCCUGCAUGGAGCUACGUGAGGCAGCUAACGGAGAUAAGGACUAUUUCAGUGUAGAGCGUAAAUUAAAACGCGCUCAACGUCGACAGCAAGCAGCGAAUGAAAAGGCCUACGAGCGCGAGGCGAAACGCACAGAUGUGUUUGCCUUCCUCAAUACUAGUGUGCUAAGUCAGGGCAGCCAGCAGGCCGAGAAUGCAAACAAAAAAACAAGGACGAAUACUCUGCAGCAACACUCAAAUAAAACUCUCAAUGUGGAAACGGUGCGAAUUGCCGAUGACAUACGCCGAAAACAGCGAGACAUUGCCAAGGUGCAGCAAUCGUUGGCACGUAAUGCAACAGAUGCGCAGCUGCAGAAACGAUUGAAUGUGCAACUCCAAGUGCAGAAACAAGAGCUCGCUACGCUGCAGGCGCAAGAGAGUAGUUUAAGCAAAGAGCAGCAGACGCGCAAGAGCAAAAAUAAAAUGUUUGAGUUCUAAUUUACAAUUCACCUUAAA